AUGAUGUUUGCUAAACGAGGGUUUUUUAUUCCUGAUGGCUCUCGCUGUUGUUCAAAGCAUAUUUUCAAAAGGAAAUUGAAACGUGAAGCAUUUCUCAAAGUCCAAGGUCAUAUUUCCGAUACAAUAUCAUGCAGGAGGAGUAACUGCAAUGAACCUGAACAAUAUUUAAAUGGUGAUAAUUUAUUUCGACCAAACAUUAAUCAAUUACCCAAUAAUCAACAACAGCAGGCAGCGACUUAUUACCGUGCUGGUGCAGAGAAGACUAAUGAUCCUCUUAUACCCAUUAGAACGUCGGGUAAUGGUUUAUAUUCACGGACACAUUCGGAACAUGGUAAUAGUGGCUGGUAUUCAAAUCAUCAAAGUGGUGGUGGUCAAGCGGGCUUACAAAUCAAUACCGCUACCACCACAAUAGUGGUAUAA